AUGACUUAUUCUAUAAUUGGUCCCCUAAUCGAUAUAAGCGAAGGCACUUGUCUAGACGGAUGUGCUACACAUUACAACCCUACAACGCACCCUGGCGCGCGGCUUCCACACACUACAUUAUUUGGUCAGACAGACAUAGCCAGCUCUCCACGGCAUGCGUCUCUACAUCGCCAGAUAAAGGAGGAAGGUUUAACACUCUACACUGCCAACCCCUCAAAGUGGGCUACAAGUCUAGAAAGCUCUUCUGUCACUGUUCCCAUUUCCAUAGUAUCUUUGAUUGCCACAAACCCCGAACUCCGCACCUCAGGUCUGGCUCUUCUCGAAAUCGAGGAACACGGUGCUGUGAUCGUGCGUCCCGACGGCCAUGUAAUCUGGCGAAGUCGCGCUGGUCUUGAAGAUACUACUAGUGAGAUCGAGCGUCUACAAAGGUUUCUAGCACCAGUAUAG